AUGGCACAUACCGUUAAAAGAUGCCCAUUGGCACUUAUUUUUAUAAUCAUGUGGCUGUUGAUUAAAGCAGAAAUAGAUGUGUGCAAGAGGGGACAUGUGACUGUGCAGCCUUCCCGCGUUGUUCCAUUUGGAUCCGCCAUCAACAUUUCCUGCUCUUUGAAGCCCAAACAUGGCUGCUCGCACUAUUCCAGUUUCAACAAGUUAAACCUCUACAAGUUCAACAGAAAAAUCGAUUCUCACCACGGUCCUUCCCUCCAUUCUCAAGUCACCGGUCUUCCUCUCGGUACAACCCUGUUCAUCUGCAAAGUGGACUGCCCCAACAGCGGAGAGAUUCCAGUAUGUGGAGCAGAAAUCGCAGUUGGUGUUGCUCCAGAACCGCCUCGAAACUUAUCUUGCGUACAGAAGGGAGAACAAAGGACUGUGACCUGCACCUGGGACAGAGGACGAGACAGCCACCUAUGCACUAAGUACACUUUACAGCUAAGUGGGCCGAACAAUUUAACUUGGCAGAAGGAAUGCGAAGAUUGUGACCAUUUGGACCUUGGAAACAGCCUCACUCCUGAGUCACCGGAAUCCAACCUCACAGCCAAGGUUACCGCCGUCAACAGUCUUGGAAACGCUUCUUCCUUUCCAUCCACAUUCACAUUCUUGGACAUAGUGAGGCCUCUUCCUCCGUGGGACAUUAGAAUCGAGUUUCAAAAUGCUUCCGUGAGCAGAUGUACCCUUCACUGGAGAGACGAGGACCUGGUGCUGCUUAAUCAACUCCGUUAUCGGCCCAGUAAUAGCGGGUCCUGGAAUAUGGUUAAUGUCACACAUGCUAAAGGAAGGUAUGAUCUGCUGGGCCUGAAACCGUUUACAGAAUAUGAAUUUCAGAUCUCCUCGAAGCUGCAUCUCCAUAGGGGAAGCUGGAGUGACUGGAGUGGUUCACUGAGGAAACAAACACCGGAAGAAGAGCCUGCUGGGAUAUUAGAUGCCUGGUACGUGAAACAGCACAUUGACUACAACAGACAACAGAUUUCUCUUUUCUGGAAGAAUUUAAGUGUCUCCGAGGCAAGAGGAAAAAUCCUUCACUAUCGCGUGACCUUGCAGGAGCUUACGGGGGGAAAAGCCACAUUCCAAAACAUCACUGAACACACCUCCUGGACCUGGAUCCUCCCGAGAACCGGGAGUUGGGCUGUGGCUGUGUCUGCAGCAAACUCAAAAGGCAGCUCCCUCCCCACUCGUGUUAACACUGAGGGCCUGUGUAGGGCAGGGUGGCUGGCCCCUCGCCAGGUCUCUGCAGACUCCAACGGUGAGGACAGCAUUGUGGUGACGUGGUGGCCUCCCGAGAACGCCUCCUCUGCUGUUCAGGAAUACGUGGUGGAAUGGAAGGAGCUUGGUCCAGGGGGCAGCUCACAGGCCCGUCCAAAUUGGCUGCGGAGUCCCCCCAGCAAUGUGUCUGCUCUGAUUUCAGAGAACAUACAGCCUUAUAUCUGUUACGAAAUCCACGUGUAUGCACUGUCAGGGGACCAAGGAGGCUGCAGCUCUGUUCUGGGUGACUCCAAGCACAAACCACCACAGAGGGGCCCCCACAUUCAUGCCAUCACCGAGGAAGAGGGGAGUGCCUUCAUUUCGUGGAACGGCGUUCCAGCCCAGGAGCAGGUGGGCUGUAUCCUCCAUUACCGGAUAUACUGGAAGGAGCGGACCUCCAGCUCUCAGCCGCGGCUCCGUGAAAUUCCAUUCAGAGUCUCUCAAAAUUCACAUACAAUAAACAGCCUAAAGCCCGGAGUGACAUAUAUCCUGUGGAUGACAGCUCUGACAGCUGCUGGCGAAAGUUCCCGAGGAAAUGAGAGGGAAUUCAGUCUGCAAGGUAAAGCCAAUUGGAUAGCGUUUGUGACACCGAGCCUUUGCGUUGCUGUCAUCAUGGUGGGCAUUUUCUCAGUGCAUUACUUCCGGCAAAAGAGAGGACGCAGUUGCCCCUGGACAGGCUCCUGA